AUGUCUGAAAUAGCUGCUAAAGAUAUUGAAAAAAUAGUUUCAACGAGUCAGAAACGUUCGUUAGAAACUGAUGAGGCUGAUUUUAAAUGUAAAAUGCUAAAGCAUUCGGAUAAUCACCUUUUAUUAGGCUCUGGUGAUAGCUGGUAUGAGCGAAAUUUUUUCACGUCAAAUGAAGCACAAUCUAUUCUGGAUGAAUUAAAUGAACAGGUUGAAUUUUUACCACGUGAUACAUUUAAAUUUAAAAUAUUUGGACAAAUAAAUUUAUUACCAAGGGAUAAAGCAUUCUAUGGAGAUGUUCACGAAAAAGAUGGAAGUUAUCCAUUGUAUCGAUAUGAAGCGUCAAAAGAUGCUGAAUAUCCACAAGUAAAGCAAUGGACACCUGUUCUGCAACGUUUAAGAAAUAUUUUAUUAGAAAAGACUGGACAACGAUGUAAUCAUCUUGUUGUCAAUCAAUAUAGAAAUAAUAAUGAUCAUAUUGGUUAUCAUGUUGAUAAAACUCGUGAUUUUGUUCAAAACGCCAGUGUUCUGACAUUAUCAUUUGGUGAAAAACGGCUAUUUCGUUUGAAAAAUAUUCGUACAAAAGAAAUUCAAGAGUUGAGGUUGGAUUCUGGAUCACUGUUUGUUCUAGGACCCAAAACAAAUUCAGAAUGGAAACACAGUAUUAUUAAAUCAGGUAAACUAUGUGGACGACGUGUAAGUCUUACCUAUCGUACAAUAAAAACGAUCAAACAUAAAGAUGGUACAUUGACAGAAACAGAUAGCAAAGGACAUUUGACCGACGGGACCAGUGAAGAUGGAAAAGUAAAAGAAGAAUAA